GUGUGCAUGUGCUUGUGUUCUACAAUGUAAGGUCAGGAGGAAGAGAAGAAAGAGCUCUUUCUCCUCCAUGGAGGCCAACAUGCCUCCAUGAGCUGUUUUCAUGGCUGAGUUCUUCCUCUCUGUCGUCAUGGAUCCGUUUGCUUCAGUGGUCGUCGUGACAACAAAGUGGAAGCUCACAUUAUUUACUGAACGGCAAGCAGCGAUGUUUAUGAUCAGCUUCAAACCCUCGCUGUUUCUUCUUCUUCAGGUGAUUCCAGACGUCGCCUCAUGCUUCCUGACAGCGUCCGCGUGCAGCAGCCGAGCGGCUCCAUUCGGCGUGGAUGGAUUGGUAUGGGGAGAAGCGGAGCCCUCCUCGCGGCUCGGCGGCAGCUCUGGGACAGUGUCGCGGCCACCAUGCUCCUCCUGGCUCUGCUCUGCCCCGCGGCUCACUGCCAGCAGUGUCGGAUCAAGAGGUGUAACACGGAUUACGUGGCGUCUACGUCUCCGGCCAGCGGCCUCCAGGAGGAUGCGGCUGUGGACUACUGCACUGCCCUGCGGGCCUAUGCUCUGUGCACAAAGCGACAGGCGUGCAGUUGCCGUGGCGACCUUGUCUACCACUCAGCCGUCUUUCGCAUUAAGGAGUUAUUCUCUAAACACAACUGCUCCAGCGAUGGGCCCGCUAAAGCCCCCAGCACGUCCCGGCCGGCGGUUCAUGUUCAGGGUUUCUCCAUGAAUUUUUUAGAUGCUCACUGCCAGCAGUGUCGGAUCCAGAGGUGUAACGCCAACUACGUGGCGUCCACGUCUCUGGCCAGCGGCCUCCAGGAGGACGCGUCUGUGGAUGUGGACUACUGCAUUGCCCUGCGGGCCUAUGCUCUGUGCGUGAAGCGUCAGGCACGCAGCUGCCGGGGCGAUCUGGUCUACCACUCAGCUGUCUUCCCCAUUAAGGAGUUAUUCUUUAAGCACAACUGCUCCAGCGACGGCCCCACCUCGUUCGCCAAAUCCCCCAGCACGCCCCGGCCGGCUGCGUCUGAGCUCUGCAACUAUGAGAACCGGGUCCUGAUGUCCGGCUCGGCCGCUCAGCAGAAGAAGUACGCCCACUGUGGAUUAUUUGGAGAUCCACACCUACGAACUUUCCGAGAUGAGUUUCAGACCUGCAAGGUGGAGGGGGCGUGGCCACUGAUCGAUAACCGCUUCCUGUCGGUGCAGGUGACCAAUGUCCCUGUUGUCCUCGGCUCAAGCGCCACAGCAACCAGCAAGAUCACAGUCAUCUUCAAGUCGUACCUCGGCUGCUCGGAUCAGAAGGUGUACCAGGCCACCACAGACGACCUGCCGCUGGCAUUCCAGGACGGGACUCGAAGUGGCGGCGAGAGCGGCAGUCUGAGCGUCUCGGAGAGAGGCGGCUCCGGUGUGGGUCGGCAGGUGAGGAUCCAGGCCCGUUACAUCGGCACCUCCAUCAUCAUCAGGCGGGUGGGCAGCUACCUGACCUUCGCCAUCCGCAUGCCCGAGGACACCCUGGACUUCUCUGAGGACGGCGGUGGCCUGCAGCUGUGCCUGCACGGCUGUCCUCGAAACGAGCUCAUCAAAGAGCACACCGUGAGCCGCCAAAGCCAGCGCCCCCGUCUGCAGGGCGCCAACACUGAGCCGGGCCCUCUGCGGCCUCCCCACCAGGCCUACACGGUGGAGCGAGCCACUGCCAAGUGCAGAGAGACCCUGCAGGUGGAGGACGUGUAUUUCCAGUCCUGCGUGUUCGACUUGCUGACCACAGGCGACCCCGAGUUCUCCAUGGCGGCCUACGGCGCCCUGGAGGACUUGAAGGCGCUUCCACCCAGUAAACUGAAGCAGAACCCCCCCAGGACUCCUCCCAAUCCCAGCAGAGGGGCGUCUGGGACGCUGGCAGCAGCGCCCGGCCUCCUGCUCUCUCUCCUCUGCAUCCUGCUGCUGUAAAACACGGAACAAAGAGAACGGGGAAGAUCUGCCAGCUAAGAGACGGAAGAAGAGAUGUCGGAUCUUUAAAGAAAAAGAUCUGAACUUUUGAAGGAUUUAAUUUUUACGUGAAAAUAUUUCCAGUUUUUCAGGAUUAAAUGAGCGUUUUUCAAUCAAAGAUGGACAGGUGUACCAUGGGAAAUUAUUCAGUUAUAGCUAAUUGGUCUAAAAACAUUUUCUAUUGUCAGGAUUUCAUCUCAUUAGGACCAGGUAGAAAUAAGCAGCACUAAAUAAGCAUUUAGUCUUUGGGUUUAUUUGAUUCUCAUUCAGUUGAUAAGGACGCCUGUGUGUUUCUAUGCAGACAACAGUUUCAUUUAAAUUUCCAUUUUGGGUUGAUGCUGUGCCUUAGGACUUUUUUCAGAGUGGCUCCAAAAACGGUUGAAAAACAGAACUAAAUGAGGAACCAGUCAUAUGAAAACCAUUUCAGAGCCUCUGUUAAUUACCUUUCAGCCUAGAUGGUGUCAGGACUUUUCUCAGCGGGAAACCUGGAGCUGCGUUCUCUGAUGCCGCUCAGGUCCAGGAGGAACACUCCGGCUCGGAUGAUAACGUUUGGGAACGCAGAGCAGAGCCACUCAGAGAUCCCAUGUGUGAUCCAGAACAGCGUGGGAUUUUAUUUUUAAAAGUUUCUUUUCCUUCGAUUUCCUGAGAAAAAUGCAGGAACCAGCAACUGUCUGUAGAAACUACCUAAACUCAACAUUUACUUCCUGUGAAAGUCGCUCCUCUAGCUGUUUGGCUUCCAGUUUAAAGGGGAAAAAAGUCAAAUGUUUAUAUAAUAAUAUAUUAAGAGUGUAUAUAUGUGUUUUAUAAUGUGUACAUUUUCUUUUUGUAUAGACGUUUAAACUGAAAUGUGUUUUUGCUGUUUGGUAGAUUAUUUUAUGAAACUGUGUUGUGAUGUAUCCUUAAUGUUGUGUAUUAAAGUGACGGACACUCCACA